AUGUCAAAACAUGCAGAAAAUACUGAACCUAAUGGUGAUAAUGAUAAAAGGUUGGACAAUCUUAAUUUGGAAAGAAGCCUACUCAAUGAUUUGUUUAAAUCUAAGCUCAUACUUACGGAAACUUUUUUUACCACUACCGACAAUGUCACCGCCAAUACCAUCAGAGAUCAUGCAUACUUAUUAUUAGAUUCCACAGCAAAUACCAGGAAGACUUACAAUACUUUAACAUCGGGAAUUUCAAGGCACAGUAGCGAGGGUAUCAAUGUUAAUUAUAGAAGUGAUAAAUUACCCGAAAACUUAUGUGACUCUUUGUUCAAAAUAAUUGAUCAAUGGAGAAAUGAUGAAUGGAAUAAUGUCAGUACUGAUAUUUUUUCUAACAAACAUGCACCGAACAGUAUAGAGAAAAAAUCUGUGCUCAUAAAUUCAGCUGACAAUAUUAUAAACACCAAUAAUAACAAUGCCAUUGUAUUUGGUUGGAACAGCGGUAGUAAUAAUAAUGCAUUUGCUAAGACCACUGAUGAUAAUGCGAUGUAUCCAGACAAGACUUCCAUCAAAAAGAACGAUACUAUUAUUAACAAUUUUACUGGAGAAAAAAAAAGGAUAACUAAUGAGAAAUUGUUCAAUGUGGCUCAGAAAAGCCUAUUAAAAAUAACCCAAUUUCAAAAAAUAAAUCAUAAAAAUGCAAGCGAGAAUGAUAAUAAUCGUAAAGGUCAUGCAAGGGAUAAAUUUGUUACAAAUAAUGAUAAUUGUAAUAUUAAUAUUAGCUCUGAUAAUACUAUUAAGAAUAGUAAAAUUUUCUUUAGAAUGGAUCCUUUAAUGGAAUUUAAACCACAAAGAAUAAUCGAGCAUAUUGAUAGCUCUAAAAAUAAGGAUAACAAUAAGAGACUGAGAAAGAAAAAUCAUCGUAAAAGUGCUUUAUGGUUUUGGCAGAAAAAAGGUAGUAACAAUCAUACCGGCACAUCUGCAAAGGAUAAUAAAGCUUAUAAGGGGCACUCUUUUCAGACAGUUCCUAAAGACUUUAAAAGCGAUGAUGGAAACAAGAAACAAGAUAUUGGUUCAAGUCUUGAUGUAGAUAUUUUAAAAAGUGAAUCAUCAAGUUCUGUUGAUAAACUUCAUGUAAAUGUAGAGAAGGUAGAACAACUAACAGGCAUACCGAAAAACAAUUGUGAAAACACCAAUGUUAUCAUUAAUGACAGUAAUGGAAACGAUUCAAAUAACGAUAUCCAUGAUAAUGAUGAUGAUGAGUUUUCUGAAUUUUAUUCUUCUAUUGCAGGCGAUAAUUUAUCAACUAAGGAUACUCACAAUACACCAGAAAUGGGUAGUGAUUCUGACGCUAUUACUGCGCGUGUCAGUCCUUUUUCUAAUAAUACCACUACCACAAACAUACCUUUAGAAUUGUCGGUAAAUAGUCUGAACUCAUUUACACCAUUGCAACCAAAGAAAAAAUAUUCAACAAAUCCAUAA